AUGCGGAUCCAAUAUAGAGACGAGACCCUCGAUUUCGAGGACGUCGCCGAUGAAACCAUCAGCGGCCUUUCUGCACGAUGCGCAGAAAGGAUUGGCGCCGACGUCGAGCGAAUAUCUCUCUUCUUCCUGCCAAAACCAGGUGUCGUAAAAUAUCCUUUUCCCGACCGCAAGCUCGGCGACUUUAUUACUCCAACCACGCGUGUCAAACUGGUUGGCGCUCCCAACACCGAGAUCAAAAAGAUGGACGAUAUGGUGGCCGCCAGUCGAAGGGCGACGCGGCCCAGCAGUUUCAAACCUGUGCAGGCUAACAAGAGCCGCGAUUGGAAGAAGACACAGGAGGAGAGCAGGUACACCUUUCAUGCUAUAGAACCUCUGCCAUACCUCCCGAACCCCGAGAAGAGCCGACGAUAUCUUGCGCGACUGGCAAACGAUCCAGGGAUCAAGGCGGCCAUGCGACAGAAUAAAUUCAGCGUCGGGCUGCUCACCGAGAUGAACCCAGCGGAGCAUACGACGCACGAAUCUAAGACACUGGGCCUCAACCGAAACCGCGGCGAAGUGAUUGAAUUGCGACUAAGAACGGACCGGUAUGACGGAUAUCGAGACUAUAAGGUCAUCCGCAAAACACUCUGCCACGAGCUCUCCCACAACGUGUGGAGUGAGCAUGAUCGUAAAUUCUGGGAUCUAACCAAAGAGAUCGAGCAAGAGGUGGAGAGAAACGACACACUUCACGGGGGCCAUCGCUUGUCGAGCGAAGAAUUUUACAAUUCCAACGACUUGUACGAUGCAGAGCAUACAGAUCACGGCGGCUGGACUGGAGGCGAUUUUGUGCUGGGCAGAUCUGAUGAUGCACCGAGUGAGGUGGGCUUGAGCCGGCGGGAAAUCAUUGCCCGGGCAGCUAUGAGCAGGCAACAGAAGGAGAGGGAGGCUAGACAACGUCAGGAGCCGUCGUCGUCCUCAUGA